CGCCGAUGCGGCGAACUGGUUCCAAGCAGGCUGCUGCGGGGCGGGGCGGGACGCGGGUGACGGCGCGGGCACUGCAUAGGUGGCGAGUCGCGGGCCGCGCAGGUAGCACCACAGUUGAGAGUAAACAGUCGUCCGGUCAACACCAGCACCAUGAACUCCCUCAGGUUCCCCGUACUCGCCCUGAGCCUGCUGGUCGCCGCAGCGUCUGCAGCCCCGCAGGUCGCCCAGACCCUGGCCGCUGCGUGUGAUCUCCAAGCCGCCGCCGGCUCCACCGUCGGCGGUAAGGUGGAGCUGCUGCAGGACCAUCCGGGCGGCCCCGUGCGCGUGUCCGGCCUCGUACACGGCCUGGGCGCCGGCCUGCACGGCUUCCACCUGCACCAGGAGGGCAAGCUGGACGACAACUGCAAGGCGGCCGGGCCGCACUUCAACCCGCUCAAGGUCAGCCACGGUGCCCCGACUGACAACCAGCAGCACGCCGGUGACUUCGGCAACAUCGUGGCUUCGGACCAGGGCGUGUCCACCGUCGACUUCGCCACGUCGCAGAUCUCGCUGGAGGUGAACGCCAUCAACGGCGCCAUCGGCAGAGCCAUCGUCGUGCACGCCCUGCCCGACGACCUGGGCCGCGGAAACACCGAGGAAUCCACCAAGACGGGGUCCGCCGGCGCGCGCGUCGCCUGCUGCGUCAUCACCCAGGCCUACUACGCUUAGAGCGGGUCGUCCUGGCCCGGGUCCCCGCGCCCCCGCCCCAUCCCCUGCACCUCAUCUCCUCCCCACAUGCCCACCACCACCUCCAGCUCCUCGCCGGGCUACGUGUCCGGAGAGACAUUUGUAA